GCAGACUCAAGCUAUGAUCGUCACACCGACCGACACAUACAGCAGACAGCGCUGACUCCAAGUGAACCCAAGAUCUGUGUAUAGCUGAAAUAGAAGAGAGAACGGAAGAAUGAGAAAAUACCAGACAAAUACAGGUGCGGUAUUUGAACAAUACAGAUUUUCACCAAUAAUGGCUGGCAGCUCUGUCGCUAUCAAAGAAUCUAAUUGUUCCAGUGUUCGGUCCAGCUUCGGUCAGGAUUUCAGUUAAUGGUUUGUAAUCGCCGCUGGCUCCACUCUGAAGCAAAGAAGUUCGUCAUCGUGGCGCGCUUUGUGGCGGUUGUAUACAAUCGAGCGCCCCUAUACAAGCGCUACUGGCGAAAGGUGAGAGUAUCGAGUACAGACGACCAAACCCAUGAGGAGGCGGAAGUCGAGGCCGCCCGUGUCGGAAAUAGCCAAAACCUGCGGCUGGAGGUGCUCGUUAAGGAUGCCUUCUUCUCGAAAGGCAACAUGGUUGUGAUCAUGGAUGACGAGACGUAUCUGAUAUCUGGCAGAAGACCGCCAAUAUACGUCUCCAAGGAAGGAGACGAACAUCGAGUGGUUCCAAAAUAUUCAUCAAUGAGGAGGAGAAAAGAGAAAUAA